AUGGAGUCGCAUUAUUCGGGUUCCAAUAACGAAGCUGCACUAGGCUCAAGAUAUCCUCGUGGAGCGUGGCAGUCCACAGCAUUUCUUCUUCUUUAUCCCCCACAUCCCCGACGCUUGAAUCCUCGUCUCCCUCCCCCACAUCUCUCUGUUUUGUACCCCUCACGCUCAUUUUCAGUCCCGUGCGGCCUUGAUGGACCCGCGAGUCGCUCAUAUGCUUCAAGAGAGGCAAGUCCUCGGUAUAACUCUCCUACCGAUUCCAUCACCGAGGUUACCCACCGCGACUUCUUCGGCAUCCUCGACCUCCAGCGCGUCCUCCUCGGUUUCAACUUCAGCCUCAGUCUCGUCGACGACGUCAAUUCCACCUCUGAGACCUCGGCCUCUUCUUCGUCCUCGAUAACACCCCCACCUACCUCGGAGACCUCCCAACUCGGCGCGACGACCCACACCGUGACAGCCUUUGCAUCAGACACCUCCGCAUCCGCCGCUCCCAGCGAAGUUGCCACCCCGCAACGUUCUUCUUUCCUGCAGAACAAGGCCGCGUCCGGCGUCGUGUUUGGUAUCGUCGGUCUCAUUGGUCUUAUCCUCAUCGUCUUCCUUGCUACUUUCGCCCUUAGAAGGCGGCGCAAUAAGAAGCUUCUCGAAGAUGCGGUUUCUUUCGACCCCUCAAAGGUAGGAACCGUGUACCAGGAUAUGGAAGCAGGUCCUGGGGGAGAAAAGGCCAGCAUGAGCACGGCACAUGGAAGCACGGGCCAGGAAGUGAGGCAGGCGCCAGCCUUUGCUGACUACGGUCCUCCUCGGCCCUACAUGCCCCCUCCGUCGAACAUGUCCCCAUAUGCGAGUCCCGUUGUCGGACAGCACCCUCCUGCACCUUGGGGCACGUCCCCAUAUCAGAAUCCUCAACAAUAUCCGGCGUAUCCCACUCAAAGCCAGAAUUUCGACCAACGGUCUAGGAGAUCCCGUUCAUCGUCAGCGGAAAUCAAAUUCGCUCCAGGCCAAGCUCAUCCUACUCCGAGCCUUGGACGUUAUGAUGCUCCGUCGUCAGGACCUCUCCAGCGCAACCAACAUACCCGCCUCCUUUGA